AUGAGGAAGCUGACUUGCGCGACUUGGCCACCAUCUGCAUUUGCCAUUUGAGUUUCCGAUUUGAUGUUAAUUGGAUUCACGCUCGGCCUCCAAUUACUCAGAGUAUUUCUGCUGAAGAUGCUGAUCCUGGUAGAUCCAUUAGAGUCACUACUAAAAGUUCAGUUGCUACUAGAGCCACUUCUGCGGCAGACAACGUUGCUAAUGCUUUUGAAGUCGGUACGGAUGGUUACGCUGAUAGCCGGACUUGUCCUGGACAUGAAGAGUGUGGUACUAUUUCUCUUCUGAAUGCCUCUUCAAAUAAUCAGGACGAGUACCUUAUUGUUGAUCCAGUUGCAGCUUUGUCAUCACUGCCACCUUGUCAGCUACAGUCAUGGCCAGAUCAUGCUGCUACUAGCGAAAGUAAUGUGGCAACUUUACAAAGUUAG